ACCCAUCCUUUCACGUGACCUGACCUUUGCUUCGCGGAACAGCUUUAUCAAACAGGUUCGACAGUAAAUUGAUCUCGUAUCGACUCGUAUCGGACUUGAGAUCCACCAUCAGCGGAAUUGUUAUCUACAGUUUCGUCUCCAGAGGGAGGCCGACAUAACCGAGAUAUCUAAAACUGGAUACACUGUCAUGAUAGCCUGAAAUAUACAUCAUCCCGUGACGUCUCGUCACUCACUUACAGUGUGUGUUUAGUCACACAACCAUCUCUCAUACGAUACCAUGAAAGCCGCAGGGGCACCUGCUGACCAGACGCGGGUCAAUCUGACCGUGCGUCAUGUGAUUCACAAUGAGAAGUCCCUGGUCGAAGCUUACAUCCUGGCCUUCCUGUUGGGGCCAUUGGGAGCACACCAUUUCUACCUGGGCCGACCCUGGUAUGGCGUGGCCUACUUCUUCACCUUCGGCUUGUUUGGGGUGGGGUACCUCGUGGAUCUGGUCCGGAUCCCGUUGCUAGUGAGAGAGGCCAAUUUAAGACUGAUGGACCCAUCUCUUGCUGACAAGAAGUCUCUCCUCGACGCUUACAUCUUGUGGUUUCCAUGUGGGAUUUUGGGUUUUCAUCUUUUCUACCUGAGAAAACCCGGGCAAGGCAUUUUGUACCUGAUGACCUUUGGCCUUUUUGGAAUCGGCUUCCUCAUUGACAUCUUCCGGAUGCCGUACCUCGUCAAAGAGGUCAACGACUACCCUCCAGGAUACAAGCCACCAAAAUCCAUGUUCGCAGCCUACAUGUUUGGGUUGUCUCCCUUUGGGAUCCUUGGCGCCCACCAUUAUUACCUCAACAGGCCGUUUUGGGGCCUUUUGUACACGAUAACGUUGGGCUUGGUGGGGUUGGGGUGGCUGUACGACUUGUUCCGGAUGCCGUGUCUCGUGCGGAGGGCAAGGGAGAUAAAUGCUGGGGAACGAGAUGCUGGACUUAAGCACGUGGACGACGUGUACAUCCUCUGGUUCACGUACGGCAUUAGCGGAGUGCAUCACUUCUACCUCGGUCGGCCUCUGUGGGGACUUUUAUACUUCUGCACUUUGGGACUAUUUGGAAUUGGUUGGCUUGUAGACAUGUGCCGCUUGCCUGGCUUGGUCAAUGACUACAACAGGAACUACGUCGAACGUCAGCUACUGGCUCAGCAGGCUCGACGACAACUUGGUGGGACGGUGACUACGUCGGUGACUGGACAGACGGUUGUAGCUACGACUCUUCCUGGAGCGCCUCUCAUGAACCCUCCCAACCAGGUAAUGAUGCCGCCACCAUAUACCCAGGGCUACCAGGGAGGGUACCAGACGAUACCUAUUGCGUACCAGCAACAACAAGGGUACCAACAACCACAGGGCUACCAGCAACAUCACGGGUACCAACAGCCACAGGGGUACCAGCAACAAUACGGGUACCAGCAGCCACAGAGAUACCAACAACAACCACAGUCAACCAGUGGGUACCAGGGAGUUGAAAUCUGUUAAACGUGGCGUUCGAUCCAAAUCCGGGUUUACCUGGCAGGGAGCAGCCCCGCCAUACAAAGCG